AUGGCUGCCCUUCGUCGGGCAGAGCUUCAACACCUCUGCUCCGCGGCCGGCAAGUCUCAGCCACCUGCGGCUGCUCUCCCUCCGGCCACAGAACUGCCGGCGAGGGAGGGUGAUCCGGAGACGCGCACCCACCGAGCAGUCAUCAAUUACCUGGUCGAGAAGUUGGAAGAGACGCUGACCGAUCGGAGGCGCUACUUUGAGCGUUACACCACUCUGCGCGAGAUGGUGCUGACCCGGUCCUCACUUCCAUGCGGGAAUGAGUCUUCGCAACGAACUGCCGCGGAGGCCCUUGCCGAGAUGGAAAGCAAGUGGGUCCUGAGCGACCAGGCGCUUCUGGAGGCGCGCUUGCUCCGGGCCCGGGGCCGCCACCGACGACUCUUUGAGGCUGUGCGCCGCAAGGAGAGCCAGGUGGAGGAAGUACUCAAGUGCGCCGAGGCUCGCAGGGCGGCUGACGCUGCGCGGGAGGAGCUCUUGCAGCAGCUGGGUGCGCUUCCUGCGCCGGCUGUUUGGCGUUGGGGUGAAAAAGAGUUCCAGGGUGACUUCACUGCCCCGGAAGUGGACAUGACGGGUAAAACUGUGGUGAUCACGGGCCCAUCGCGCGGUGGCAUUGGCUUCGAAACAGCAUUGGCCUUGGCACGUUCUGGAGCCACAGUCUUGCUGGCUGCGCGAAACAUCGAGAAGGCUGACAGUGACGCAGAAGUCAUCAUGCAACAGACUGGUAAAGACAAGCCAAAGGUCUUCAAGUGUGAUGUCUCCAGCGUGGCCCAAGAGAUCCUGAAAGACCAUGCAGUCAUUGACGUUUUGAUCAACAAUGCUGGCGCAGUUUUUGACGACGGUGGGCAAGCUGGACCGGUGGAGAUCACGUUUGCUACGUGCGUGUUGGGCCACCACCUUUUAAACUACAUGUUGAAGCCCAGCCGGAUUGUAUGGGUGACUGGAGAUAUCUACGCCAUCUCUGAUGGGUCUGCAAAUCCGCACUUCAAUGGGAAAGGCAUUUCGGCUUACGCUAAUGCCUGUUUGGCACGUUUAAUGCUGGCACGCGAGACCAAGCGACGUGGCCUGUGCUCUGAAAUCGUGGCUGUCCACCCAGGGGUCAUUCGCUCUCAGUUCAUCAAGCCGAAGGGUUGUCUCGAAGGUGCGAUGCUGAAGUCCUUUGAUUGGGGACGGAUCACGGUGACGGCCGGUGCUCAAAGUAGCAUCUAUGCAGCCACACUGCCUUCCAGUGACCUGCGUGAAGAUACCAUCUACUACCACAACAAGUACGGAUGGUAUGUUUUGCAUCCCAACGACCUCGCAAUGAAUGCGACACGCUGCGAAGCACUCUUUGAUGAGUGCGACAAGUUGUGUGAGAUUGUUCGUUGA